AUGGAGGAUCCUUCGCUGAGCCAACUCACAAUACCCAGUAUUCGAGGCCCAAAUUCAACUGGGAAAAGGCGAGUAGAAGAUAUUCUCGAUGAUCGAGUGAUUUGUGCUUCAAGGAAAGAUCACCAAGAGUUCCUGGUAAAAUGGCAAGGCUGUGAUGCAGAGGAGAAUACUUGGGAGAGGGGAACAAACCUUAAAGCUUACACGAGCCUGAUCAAAGAUUAUCUUGCAAGUAAGGCGCCGAGGACGUCGCCAACUCAGCGCCAUGGAAGGCCCCGUGGUCUGGCCGUGCCAAGUGACAAACGCGCCUAUGCCUAUGUCACCCUACCGAUAGCCCUCGCCAGCGCCCAGCCGCAGACAGAUGCCAACAGCGUCGCGCACGCAGACUCUGAUGCUAAAGACAAGGUUGCUGCCAACGGAUCUGCUGCUGCUUUGUAG